AUGGCCCGCUUCGGAGACGAGAUGCCGGCCCGCUACGGGGGAGGAGGCUCCGGGGCGGCCGCCGGGGUGGUCGUGGGCGCCGGCGGCGGGCGAGGAGCCGGGGGCAGCCGGCAGGGCGGACAGCCCGGGGCGCAAAGGAUGUACAAGCAGUCGAUGGCGCAGAGAGCGCGGACCAUGGCCCUCUACAACCCCAUCCCCGUCCGACAGAACUGCCUCACGGUCAACCGCUCCCUGUUCCUCUUCAGCGAGGACAACGUGGUGAGAAAAUACGCCAAAAAGAUCACCGAAUGGCCUCCCUUUGAAUACAUGAUUUUAGCCACCAUCAUAGCCAACUGCAUCGUCCUCGCCUUGGAGCAGCACCUGCCCGAUGACGACAAGACCCCGAUGUCUGAACGGCUGGAUGACACAGAACCAUACUUCAUUGGAAUUUUCUGCUUCGAGGCUGGAAUUAAGAUCAUCGCCCUUGGGUUCGCCUUCCACAAAGGCUCUUACUUGAGGAAUGGCUGGAACGUGAUGGACUUUGUGGUCGUGCUAACGGGCAUCUUGGCGACAGUCGGGACGGAGUUCGACCUGCGGACGCUGAGAGCAGUUCGGGUGCUGCGGCCGCUCAAGCUGGUGUCUGGGAUCCCAAGUUUACAAGUCGUCCUGAAGUCGAUCAUGAAGGCAAUGAUCCCCCUGCUGCAGAUCGGUCUCCUGCUGUUUUUCGCAAUCCUUAUUUUUGCAAUCAUAGGGUUAGAAUUUUAUAUGGGGAAAUUCCACACCACCUGCUUUGAGGAGGGUACAGACGACAUUCAGGGUGAGUCCCCGGCUCCGUGUGGGACAGAGGAACCCGCCCGCACCUGCCCCAAUGGGACCAAAUGUCAGCCCUACUGGGAAGGGCCCAACAACGGGAUCACUCAGUUCGACAACAUCCUGUUCGCAGUGCUGACUGUGUUCCAGUGCAUCACCAUGGAGGGCUGGACCGACCUCCUCUACAACAGCAACGACGCCUCAGGGAACACUUGGAACUGGUUGUACUUCAUCCCCCUCAUCAUCAUCGGCUCCUUUUUUAUGCUGAACCUCGUGCUGGGCGUGCUGUCAGGGGAGUUCGCCAAGGAGCGCGAACGGGUGGAGAACCGGCGGGCCUUCCUGAAGCUGAGGCGCCAGCAGCAGAUCGAGCGGGAGCUCAACGGCUAUAUGGAGUGGAUCUCAAAAGCAGAAGAGGUGAUCCUCGCCGAGGAUGAGACCGACGUGGAGCAGAGGCUGCCUUUUGAUGCUCUGCGGAGGGCCACCAUCAAGAAGAGCAAGACGGACCUGCUCCACCCCGAGGAGGCGGAGGACCAGCUGGCCGACAUUGCCUCUGUGGGGUCUCCCUUCGCCCGGGCCAGCAUCAAAAGUGCCAAGCUGGAGAACUCGACCUUUUUUCACAAAAAGGAGAGGAGGAUGCGUUUCUACAUCCGCCGCAUGGUCAAAACUCAGGCCUUCUACUGGACUGUGCUCAGCCUGGUGGCCCUCAACACGCUGUGCGUUGCCAUCGUCCACUACAACCAGCCCGAGUGGCUUUCCGACUUCCUCUACUAUGCAGAAUUCAUUUUCUUAGGACUCUUUAUGUCCGAAAUGUUUAUAAAAAUGUACGGGCUCGGGACGCGGCCUUACUUCCACUCUUCGUUCAACUGCUUUGACUGUGGGGUCAUCAUCGGCAGCAUCUUCGAGGUCAUCUGGGCCGUCAUAAAGCCCGGCACGUCCUUCGGAAUCAGCGUGUUACGAGCCCUCAGGUUACUGCGCAUUUUCAAAGUCACAAAGUACUGGGCAUCCCUCAGGAACCUGGUUGUCUCGCUCCUCAACUCCAUGAAAUCCAUCAUCAGCCUCCUGUUCCUCCUCUUUCUCUUCAUCGUCGUCUUUGCCCUUUUGGGAAUGCAGCUCUUCGGCGGCCAGUUCAACUUUGACGAAGGGACGCCUCCUACCAACUUCGACACUUUCCCAGCAGCAAUAAUGACGGUGUUUCAGAUCCUGACGGGUGAAGACUGGAACGAGGUCAUGUACGAUGGCAUCAAGUCCCAGGGCGGCGUGCAGGGCGGCAUGGUGUUCUCCAUCUACUUCAUUGUGCUCACGCUCUUCGGGAACUACACCCUCCUGAACGUGUUCUUGGCCAUCGCGGUGGACAACCUAGCCAACGCCCAGGAGCUGACCAAGGACGAGCAAGAGGAGGAGGAGGCCGCCAACCAGAAACUUGCACUCCAGAAGGCCAAGGAGGUGGCCGAAGUGAGCCCUCUGUCCGCGGCCAACAUGUCCAUCACCGUGAAGGAGCAGCAGAAGAACCAGAAGCCCGCCAAGUCGGUGUGGGAGCAGCGGACGAGCGAGAUGAGGAAGCAGAACCUGCUGGCCAGCCGAGAGGCCCUGUACAGCGAGAUGGACCCAGACGAGCGCUGGAAGGCGGCCUACGCGCGGCACCUGCGGCCGGACAUGAAGACGCACCUGGACCGGCCGCUGGUGGUGGACCCGCAGGAGAACCGCAACAACAACACCAACAAGAGCCGGGCGGCCGAGCCGGCGGGGGAGCCGCGCCCGGGCCCCCCGCGCGCCGACGACCUCCUGCGCAAGCCGCGGCCGCACGAGCGCGCGCGGGACGCCGGCGUCCCCGGGGCCCCGGACGCGCGCCGGGCGGAGCGCAGGGCCCGGCACCGCGAGGGCAGCCGGCCAGCCCGGGGCGGCGAGGCAGACGGCGAGGGCCCCGAGGGCGGCGAGCGCAGGCGGCGGCACCGGCACGGCCCCGCGGCCCACAACGCGGACGCGCGCAGGGAGGACCGGGAGCGCCGGCACCGGCGGCGCAGAGAGAACCAGGGCCCGGGAGUCCCGGUGCCGGGCCCCAACCUGUCGACCACCCGGCCGAUCCAGCAGGACCUGGGCCGCCUGGAUCCGCCGCUGGCCGAGGACAUCGACAACAUGAAGAACAACAAGCUGGCCACCGCCGAGGCGGCCGGUCCCCACGCCAGCCUGGGCCCCGCCGGGCCGCCCCCGAGCCCCGCCAAGAUGGGGAACAGCACGGAGCCCGGCGUCGCAGCCGCCACCCCGCAGAACACCGCCAGCCGCCGGGCGCCCAACAACCCGGGGACGCCGUGCAACCCCGGCCCCCCCAGGACCCCCGAGAACAGCCUUAUCGUCACCAACCCCAGCAGCACCCAGAGCAACUCAGCCAAGACUGCCAGGAGGCCCGACCACACGGCCGUGGACAUCCCGCCCGCCUGCCCGCCGCCCCUCAGCCACACCGUCGUGCAAGUGAACAAAAACGCCAACCCAGACCCACUGCCAAAAAAGGAGGAGGAGAAGAAGGAGGAGGAGGACGACCCUGGGGAGGACGGCCCGAAGCCCAUGCCCCCCUACAGCUCCAUGUUCAUCCUCUCCACCACCAACCCCCUUCGCCGCCUGUGCCAUUACAUCCUGAAUCUGCGCUACUUCGAGAUGUGCAUUCUCAUGGUCAUCGCCAUGAGCAGCAUUGCCCUGGCGGCUGAGGACCCUGUGCAGCCCAACGCCCCCCGGAACAACGUGCUGCGAUAUUUUGACUAUGUUUUUACGGGCGUCUUCACCUUUGAGAUGGUGAUCAAGAUGAUCGACCUGGGGCUCGUCCUGCACCAGGGCGCCUACUUCCGUGACCUCUGGAACAUCCUCGACUUCAUCGUGGUCAGUGGGGCGCUGGUGGCCUUCGCCUUCACCGGCAACAGCAAAGGAAAGGACAUCAACACCAUCAAGUCCCUCCGAGUCCUCCGGGUGCUACGACCUCUGAAAACCAUCAAGCGGUUGCCAAAGCUCAAGGCCGUGUUCGACUGCGUGGUGAACUCGCUCAAGAACGUGUUCAACAUCCUCAUCGUCUACAUGCUGUUCAUGUUCAUCUUCGCGGUGGUGGCCGUGCAGCUGUUCAAGGGCAAGUUCUUCCACUGCACCGACGAGUCCAAGGAAUUCGAGAAGGACUGUCGCGGCAAGUACCUGCUGUACGAGAAGAACGAGGUGAAGGCGCGCGACCGCGAGUGGAAGAAGUACGAGUUCCACUACGACAACGUGCUCUGGGCCCUGCUGACGCUCUUCACCGUGUCCACCGGCGAGGGCUGGCCGCAGGUCCUCAAGCACUCGGUGGACGCCACGUUCGAGAACCAGGGCCCCAGCCCUGGGUACCGCAUGGAGAUGUCCAUCUUCUACGUCGUCUACUUUGUGGUCUUCCCCUUCUUCUUUGUCAACAUCUUCGUGGCCUUGAUCAUCAUCACGUUCCAGGAGCAGGGCGACAAGAUGAUGGAGGAGUACAGCCUGGAGAAGAACGAGAGGGCCUGCAUCGACUUCGCCAUCAGCGCCAAGCCGCUGACGCGCCACAUGCCGCAGAACAAGCAGAGCUUCCAGUACCGCAUGUGGCAGUUUGUGGUGUCGCCGCCGUUCGAGUACACCAUCAUGGCCAUGAUCGCCCUCAACACCAUCGUGCUCAUGAUGAAGUUCUACGGGGCCUCGGUGGCGUACGAGAACGCCCUGAGAGUGUUCAACAUUGUCUUCACCUCGCUCUUCUCCCUCGAGUGCCUGCUGAAGGUCAUGGCUUUUGGCAUUCUGAAUUACUUCCGUGAUGCCUGGAACAUCUUCGAUUUUGUGACUGUUCUGGGCAGCAUCACCGACAUCCUCGUGACGGAGUUUGGGAAUCCGAACAACUUCAUCAACCUGAGCUUCCUCCGCCUGUUCCGUGCUGCCCGGCUCAUCAAACUCCUCCGGCAGGGCUACACCAUCCGCAUCCUUCUCUGGACCUUCGUGCAGUCCUUCAAGGCGCUGCCAUACGUCUGUCUGCUGAUCGCUAUGCUCUUCUUCAUCUACGCCAUCAUCGGGAUGCAGGUGUUCGGCAACAUCGGCAUCGACGUGGAGGACGAGGACAGUGAUGAGGAUGACUUCCAAAUCACCGAGCACAACAACUUCCGGACCUUCUUCCAGGCGCUCAUGCUGCUCUUCCGGAGUGCCACCGGGGAGGCUUGGCACAACAUCAUGCUUUCCUGCCUCAGUGGGAAGCCGUGUGAUAAGAACUCUGGCAUCCUGACUCCUGAGUGUGGCAAUGAAUUUGCCUAUUUUUACUUCGUUUCCUUCAUCUUCCUCUGCUCGUUUCUGAUGCUGAACCUCUUUGUUGCUGUCAUCAUGGACAACUUUGAGUACCUCACUCGAGACUCCUCCAUCCUGGGUCCCCACCACCUGGAUGAGUACGUGCGUGUCUGGGCGGAGUACGACCCCGCAGCGUGGGGCCGCAUGCCUUACCCGGACAUGUAUCAGAUGCUGAGACACAUGUCUCCGCCCCUGGGUCUGGGGAAGAAGUGUCCGGCCAGAGUGGCUUACAAGAGGCUCCUGCGGAUGGAUCUACCUGUCGCUGAUGACAACACUGUCCACUUCAAUUCUACCCUCAUGGCUCUGAUCCGCACGGCCCUGGAUAUCAAGAUCGCCAAGGGCGGAGCCGACAAACAGCAGAUGGACGCUGAGCUGCGGAAGGAGAUGAUGGCCAUCUGGCCCAACCUGUCCCAGAAGACGCUGGACCUGCUGGUCACCCCGCACAAGUCCACAGACCUGACAGUGGGGAAGAUCUACGCGGCCAUGAUGAUUAUGGAAUACUACCGGCAGAGCAAGGCCAAGAAGCUGCAGGCCAUGCGCGAGGAGCAGAACCGGACACCGCUCAUGUUCCAGCGCAUGGAGCCGCCGUCCCCGACGCAGGAGGGGGGGCCCGGCCAGAAUGCCCUCCCCUCCACCCAGCUGGACCCAGGAGGAGGCCUGAUGGCUCACGACAGUGGCCUCAAGGAGAGCCCGUCCUGGGUGACCCAGCGAGCCCAGGAGAUGUUCCAGAAGACGGGCACCUGGAGCCCAGAGCGGGGGCCCCCCGCCGACAUGCCCCACAGCCAGCCCGACUCCCAGUCUGUGGAGAUGCGAGAGAUGGGCAGAGACGGCUACUCGGACAGCGAGCACUACCUCCCCAUGGAAGGCCAGGCCCGGGCCGCCUCCAUGCCCCGCCUCCCCGCCGAGAACCAGAGGAGAAGGGGCCGGCCACGUGGGAAUAACCUCAGUACCAUCUCAGACACCAGCCCCAUGAAGCGCUCGGCCUCCGUGCUGGGCCCCAAGGCCCGGCGCCUGGACGACUACUCCCUGGAGAGGGUGCCGCCCGAGGAGAACCAGCGGCACCACCAGCGGCGGCGCGACCGCGGCCACCGCGCCUCCGAGCGCUCCCUGGGCCGCUACACGGACGUGGACACAGGCUUGGGGACGGACCUCAGCAUGACCACGCAGUCGGGGGACCUCCCGCCCAAGGAGCGGGACCAGGAGAGGGGCCGGCCCAAGGACCGGAAGCACCGGCAGCACCACCACCACCACCACCACCACCACCCGCCGCCCGCCGACAAGGAGCGCUUCGCCCCGGAGCGGCCCGAGCACGGCCGGCCGCGCGCCCGGGACCAGCGCUGGUCGCGCUCGCCCAGCGAGGGCCGAGAGCACAUGGCGCACCGGCAGGGCAGUAGUUCCGUAAGUGGAAGCCCAGCCCCCUCAACAUCUGGUACCAGCACUCCGCGGCGGGGCCGCCGCCAGCUCCCCCAGACCCCCUCCACCCCCCGGCCGCACGUGUCCUACUCCCCCGUGGUCCGGCCGGCCGGCGGCGCGGGCCCCCCGCAGCAGCAGCAGCAGCAGCCCCCGGCGGCGCGGCCGGCCCGGGCGGUCCCCGGCGGCGCGCGGAGGUACCCGGGGCCCGCGGCCGAGGGGCUCCCCAGGUCCCUUUGGGGGAACCGCGCAAGGAGGCACUUGAAAAGCAAGCGUUUGAAAGGGGCUCAGAGUGAGAGCGCCGUGGCCCUCCAGUGGCCGGCUCUUUGCAGCGUCUAG